ACAAAAGCAAGCCGCGGCGCGAAUUUUCUUGUUUCUCCUUCCCAGUGCUUUAAUUUAUUGUAUCAUUGACGAAAACCUUAUCUAAUUAUUGUAAAUGUAAUAAUUAAAUGUGAAUAAUUAAUUAAUCAAUCGACUGCUUUUUUGGGCUAUAUACAAGAGCGAACCAGAAUGGAGGAAAAACAUCAACCGCAGCCGGCCCACUUGGCGGCGCUAGAGUCACAUUUUGGCCAUUCGCAUUUUCGACCGAUGCAGUGGACCAUCAUCCGGUCGAUCAUAGAGGACCGUCGCGACAACUGUGUCAUCAUGGCCACCGGAUAUGGAAAAUCUCUAACCUACCAGUACCCGUCGGUGUUCCUGCAGCGAUUGACGCUGGUCAUUUCUCCGUUGAUCAGUCUGAUGGAGGACCAGGUGCUGUCGUUGAAUUUAAGUAACAUUCCAGCCUGCCUGCUGGGCUCGGCGCAGCUGGCCAAUCCGGUUCCGGACAUCAAAGCGGGGAAGUUUCGGGUGGUGUACCUGACGCCGGAGUACGUGACGGGCGACAGCGGGAAGUACCUGCUGGAGCAGGUGGCCAACCAAUUGGUUCUGAUCGCUAUCGACGAGGCCCAUUGUUUGAGCAAAUGGGGGCACGAUUUCCGACCGGCCUACCGGAAUCUGGGAGUCAUUCGAAGGUGGUGUCCCAAGGUACCUAUUCUGGCGGUCACAGCCACGGCCACCCCGAACGUCCGAGAAGACAUAGUGUCUAGCUUAGGUCUGCGGAAUCCCCAGGUUUUGUGUACUGGAUUCGAUCGGCCGAAUUUGCAGUUUCACGUGCGGAUGAAGGGUACGCUCGGAGUAUGGGAAGACGUCAAAGCACUGCUGAGCCGUAACCGACACGAGGGCAGCAUCAUUAUCUACUGUCUGACCCGAAAGCAGACGGAAGAGAUUGUGGAGUUGCUCAGGAACAUGAAGAUUCAGUGCGAACCGUAUCAUGCAGGACUGGGUCUUAAGCAGCGAAGAGAAAUUCACGAGAAAUUUGUCCGGGAUCGGGUUCAGAUAAUCGUUGCUACGAUAGCGUUCGGGAUGGGAAUUGAUAAGCCGGAUGUCCGUCUGGUGGUGCACUACGGUGCUUCAAAAGACUUGGAAAGUUACUAUCAGGAAGCCGGUCGAGCUGGCCGGGAUGGACAACCGUCCAAGUGUGUUAUGUUCUGGAGCAGAGCGGAUUUCAAGACCCAUGAAAUUCUCCGAGAGCACAGCCAUGGCGGAGUUCAAAAGAACCUCGAAGCACUGUCGAAGAAAAUGCACGAGUAUCUGGAUACUCGGGAUUGUCGACGGAAGUUCAUCCUGCAGUACUUCGAAGGAGACAAUGUAAAGGUUCAGCCUCGAAUAAAUUGUUGCGACAACUGCGAUCGCAUUGUGGGAGGAGUUAAGGAUAGCGACCGCUACGAAGGAAUCGAUACGGAUGGAAAUUACGAUUUCACUAAAGACACGCAAAAUCUACUUAAAGCGGUGGCAGCCUUCGGCGGCGGAACUGGGAUAGCACUUCCGAUUGCAAUGCUGAGGGGCUCGAAAAGCAAGAAACUUCCUGAGUAUCAUCAGAAGAAUCCGCUUCACGGCGUCGGAAAGGCCAAGGACGACGAAUGGUGGAAAGCUUUGGCAAUGCUCCUGGAAAGAGAAGGAUUCCUAGUGAAGACGAAGCUGCCAAAUGCAUUCAACAAGUUUGCGGUCAUGUACAAGACUAGUGUCACGCCAUUGGGCAAGAAAUGGCUCGAGACACCCAACCGGAAGCUGCUGAUGAAGCCUACGACGGAGAUGUUCAAGUCGAUACGCUUGGUUCGAUCCCAGCCACUGUUCGACACCGAAACGGACUUCCAAACGCAGAGUAAAAUAUCUUUACCGGCACAAUCAAAACCGGCGGGCAGCUCUCGUCUAUUGGAGCCCAUUGCCCAAAAGCAGGACCUCGUGCAAGAGCUUGUAAAAACUCUUCUCAAAAAGCGUUCGGAACUGGCGACCACAUACGAGUGUAUGCCGUACAUGAUCGCGUCCAAUCAGGCCCUGCACCAGAUGGCGACCAUCAGACCGCUGAACAUAGACGAGAUGAAACGUGCCAAGCUCGAUGGAUUCUCCGAUAUAAAGAUUCAGAAGUUUGGAAAGGAGUUUCUUAACUGUAUUCAGCAAAAAUUGCACUAUCUUCCUGAAGCAAAUCAAGUGAAGAGUACUCCUCUUCAGGUACUCCAGAAACACCCACUUACCAAAACCAAGUUUUCUUCGACUCAUCAAACUUCCUGGAAUCUAUGGCUGGAAGGCCGUUCAGUACCCGAUAUUGCAAAGUUUCGAAACUUAUCCGAGGUAACUAUUACCAGUCACCUAUCGGAAGCGAUCAAGCACGGAUUCUCCUUCGGAUGGAAAGAUUUGUCUCGACUUGGCAUAGACCAGCGGCUGUACGACCAUAUCAAGUCCAAUCUACCGCAGUCAUUGGAGAACUGCAAACUAACGGAGAUUAAAAACCGCUGCCUACCGCAUGUGACUUUCGAUCAGAUCAAAAUUGUGAUGAGUCUCGUGCAGGUACGCUCACAUCUCGAGGCACUGAACAUUCCCUUGGUAGAUAACAAUGCCAAUGACAAAGCUCCGGCACCAUCUAAACCGGAUAUUCCACCAACACCGGAAAUCCAAGAGAACGAUCUCUGGGGUGAUGAGGACGACGAUGACUUCAUAGCUGCAGAGAGCAGUUUUGCAGAAAUUGAUCGAAUUUGCGAAGAAUCCAAAACUAAAGCAACCGAUCACAACAAGCCAGCAAACAGCAUCGUCAUAAUCGACGACGAAGCCAACGAUGAUGAAUGCUUUAACAUGGGCGAAAUAAGCGCGUUAGAAGAAGCCGUGCUAAGCGGGAGCGAUCAAUCUGUCGAAGAAAUCCCCAGCACAAAGCCAGCUUUUAAACCCAAAUCGAAGGGAAUUGUCUACGACGUUGACGAUGACGAUGGAGAUGAUGGCCAAAAGGCACAAACUGCUGGUCCAUCUCCUCCGAAACAACCAAAGAUGGAUCCCAACCCGCCGGCCAAGAACAUUUUCCGCUUCAAGACAGCCAUCAGUAGUAGUGCAUCACUGGCCAGUUCAAGCGCGCUGAACGGUAGCAAACGAAUAAACUACGUAGACAGUGAUGACGACGAUUGUGUGGUGACGCUUCCGAAAAGGAAAAUUUGAAAAGAAUUGCCAUAUGAAUUUAAUGUUAAAUUAUUUUUUGUCAUGUGUCGUUAUAAUAUACGUUUUAGUUAGAAAUA